AUGAAUGAAGCUCCUCUGAUACAAACGGCAUUAAAUACAAUAUCGUUGGCUACUAUCUUUCUGUUCAUAUCUAUCUAUCUAUCUAUCUAUCUAUCUAUCUAUCAACCUGCGCCAAUUAGUGAGACUGUUCUUAUCUAUCUAUCUAUCUAUCUAUCUAUCUAUCUAUCUAUCUAUCUAUCUAUCUUUAUGACCUAUUUACCACUUAUAUUUUUUCUUAUGUCCUUCUCUGUUUAUCUGUCUCUGGUCAUAUCUAUCUAUCUAUCUAUCUAUCUAUCUAUCUAUCUAUCUAUCUAUCUAUCUAUCUAUCUAUCUUUUACUGUUCUUUUCGAGUUUUUCUUUUCCCUAUAUCUGAUUAUAUCUAUCUCAGUCUGUUUAUAUCUAUCUAAGCCUCAGUUCACCUCUGUUUCUCUCUCUCUCUCUCUAUCUAUCUAUCUAUCUAUCUAUCUAUCUAUCUAUCUAUCUAUCUAUCUAUCUAUCUAUCUUUUACUGUUCUUUUUGGCUUUCUUUCUUUCUUUUUUUCGACCGUUUCUUUCUUUUAUCUUUCAGCCAUUGUUUUACUUUCGUUUGUUUCCUUCCUUUAUCUUUCUUUCUUUUCUUCUUUAUCUUUCUUUUUCUUCCGUUUCUUUUCUUUAUCUUUUCUUCUUUUUCAUUGUUCUUUCUUUUUCUUUCUAUCUUUAUCUUUUUUCUUUAUUUCAUUUUUCGUUUCUUCAUUCCUUCUUUCUUUUCCUUUUAUCUUUUUCUUUUUCCCUAUCCUUAGUUGUCUUCCUUUUUCUUUCAUUUUUCAUUCGCCCUUUUUUUCUUUCUUUCCUUUUCUUUACCUUCCUUUCUCUCGUUAUCUUCUUUUCCUUUCUUUCUUUCUUUCUUUCUUUCUUUCUUUCUUUCUUUCUUUCUUUCUUUUACAGAUCCUUUUAG